AUUAUAUUAUACUAUAUAUAUAUACAGUUUUUUUGCAUUUAUAUUAUACAAAAUUUUUUAAUCCAAAAAUCUUUUAUAAUGUGCUAAAGUAUUUGUUGCAAUUAUACAAUUUAAUCUGCACUGAAGCAAUUAAUUACUUUUUAAAUUUAAUUUUCAUUAAUUUCUGAAAUGCCUUGCUAUCAAAUCAUAUUUUAUCAGAUUAAAAAGUUUUCUUAAUUUUAAGGUGUAAAAAUUAUUUUAAAUUAUAUAGCUACAAACAAAUAAUUAUGAACACAGCGUACUUGGCGGCUAAAUUGUGCGCUGAUUUAUGAUUUUCACCACACUGCAGACAUACAGAUGAUCAAUUUGGCAGAGGUGACAAAUGGGUAUUAUUUAAUUGCAGCCCAAUGAAAACCGAUUGUUGUCGAGCAACAAAAUAUGAAAUUGGAAUCAUCAUCUCAUAGAGUAUAUUAAUUAAUUCUAUGAAUUCACAUGACUUAAAUAUUGUGUAAGCAUUUGUGCUUAAUAUGUCAUAUGGUGAAAGCAGUGGACAAGAAAGUGAUAAAAAUGGGUUUUCAUACAUUGAUGACAUUCCAGUUAAAAUUAUUGAAAAAUACAAGCCUCCCAAAAAGAUAGCAUUACCUGGUGUACUACAACAUAAACCUACAUCUAAUGCAUUAAAAAUCCAGUAUGAUUUUAAUUUGGAAAAAAAUGUACUUGAGAAAAUGGCAAUAUGGAGCAAAAUAAGAGAAGAAGCUCAAACUAAACGCCAUUCACAGGCUGCUGAGUUCAAAACACAAGAUUAUUUAGAUUUAGAUAAGUUGACGCUAUUAAAUCCAACACAACCACAAAAUACUCAAGUUUUACAACCAAUACCUGCUCAACAAAUGAACUUUAAAAUGUCUUCAUAUGACACCAUGCUCACAAAAAAUAUAAAUAUAUCAGAUUUUGAGUCCGAUACAUCCAGUCCAUUUGACAACAUGGAAUUAAAAACUAUUAAUGAUUUAGAAGAAUUAGCUUCUGUCUUAAAACCAACAUCAAUCUACAAUAAUACCAAUAUUAAAAAUGUUCAACCAUCUGAUAUAAAUGUGUCUCAAUAUUAUCCAAAACCUAUUUACAAUAAUUUUCCAGAACAUUUUAGUAGCAAUGAAUUUUUACAUAGUCCUAAUACUAAAACAAACCAGACUAUUAGUUCUAUCCGCAUGUCCAAUUCAAAUGUUUUUGAUGAUAAAAAUAAUAAAGCAGAUUUGCCACCCGUUACUAUGCCAAAUAUUUUAUUACAAUUGGAGGCUGAUUUAAAUACUUCAAAGUUUAAUGAUGAAUCACCAAAUGAUCCACAAAAAUCUCAAUCACACAUUACAACAAAUGGGUCUAAAUCACCUACAUGUUCAUUUCCUAAUCCAUACAGAUCACUUUCUCCAACUAGCCAAUGUCUUGCUGAUCAAAUGCAUCAAAUGGGCUUUUCUUUAUCGCGUGCUGCACGAGCGUGUAAACUAUUUGGUAAAGACGAAUCAAAGGUCAUAGAGUUUUUAAUUCAAAUACAUUCCAUUGAGGAAACUAGCGGUUAUACUGCUGAUCGUGUAGAACAAGCACUGGUGGUUAAUAAUUUUAAUGCUGAUCAUGCAAUUACUUUUCUUAAAAAUGUUGAUAGGCUUAUUGAUUUUGGAUUUCGAGAAGAAAAUAUAUGCAGUGCGCUAGUGAAGUGCAAUAACGAUCCUGAUAAAGCACUUGAUAGUCUUGUGUCUUAUUAAGUAAAAUAUUAUGCACGAGAAUACAUUAACCUGUACGAUAACUAUGUAUUGUUCAGAAUUAUUAUUGACAGCCAAACAGGUGUGUUCGAUUUAUUGUGAUAUAUACAUUAUACACGUGUUACAAAAAUUGAAACAUAUUUAAAAAUGGUAUACAUGUAUAAUUAUUAUAAUAAUCUUUUUAUUUCAUGUAAUAAUCGCUUUACACUGCUUUAUGUUCCCUACUUAUAUUCUGUUAUAAAAUUUUAGUAUGAUAUGAAUGAUUUUAUGUAUACAUAUUUUUACUAUAUACAUUUUUAUUGUUUUAUUUUUAGAGAAGAUAAUUAUAUAAUUAAUAUACAUGUGUACCUUAAAUGUUACUUUUUUUGUUAAAUUACGUAUUACCUUUUCUCUUAUAAUUUAUUAUAUUUUUUUAUUACUAAAAAUAUAUAUGCUGUUUUUAUUUUAUGUCCUUUGAAUACUUCAACAA